UUUACACACAGAAAGAGAGAGAGGAGGAGAGAUAGAUGCAGGUAUUAGUAGGAGGUGGGGAAAGAGGCGUUGAUCCAUAUCCAGUGAAACAAGGAGCACCCUACUGGGGGAUGCAAUUCGGUCCCGGGUGUUUUCUUUCCUCCAACACACUGAAGGAGCUUAUUAAUCGGAGCGCAGACGACGCAGGUGUAUCCUUUUCUCUUUCCUCCUCCUCCUCCUCCCUCAGACCUACUACCACUCAUCCUAGUUUCCCACGCGCCGGAGCGGUAACAACAACAAGGCGGUAGAUGAACGCGCGCGGCGCGUCUCUGCUACUGUGCGCCGCUGUGAACGUGAAGCCGGCUCCACAGCCCUUACACAUGACCUAAAACACACCGCUCCAUAAAGAAAAGGCUUAUUGAUCACCAUGGCUGACCAGUACAGUAUGUUUCUCACCACGGCGCCACCACUCCGGCGAGGGAGCACGCCCCUGCCUGUCAAGCACCAGCUGCGACGAGAAGAGGCUGUGUCCGACGACUGCGAUUGGAUACCGGGUCUUGAGGGGGCUACCACGUUGCCCAUCAGUGACACAGCCGUGCCUCGAGAUGACUCCUUCAGUCAGUUCGCAGGAGCACAGCCGGCGUACCAGAGCCAUGGAGGGGCACUGAGGAUAGUGCUGUUAGGACAAAACGGCGUGGGCAAGUCGUCGCUUGCCUUAUCUCUGGCUGGACAGUCGGACAGAUCGCUCUCUAUAGACUCUGAGACACAAGCUUGUGGUGAGGGCUAUGAGUGCACAGUGACAGUGGACGACGAGGACAGCAAAGUCAUCAUUUUUGACAACUGGAAACAGGACCUGUCCACUCUGCAGUGUGAUGUGUGUAUCUUGGUGUUCUCAGUGACUGAUAGGCGAAGUUUUCACCGCACCGCCCAGCUCCGCCUCCUUCUCAGGGAGUCCCAGCCACAAACCCCCAUCAUCCUGGUGGGCAACAAGAGUGACCUCGUCCGGUCCCGUGAGAUCAGUUCUGAGGAGGCCCAAUCCAGUGCCAUGAUGUUUGACUGCGUCUACUUGGAGCUCUCUGCCUCUUUAGAACACGGCACGAAUGAGCUGCUGGAGGCGGCGGUGCGGACUGCGAGAGGGGACUGCGUGGGACCCGGAUGGACAGAUGGUGACCCGGCAGCUGGACGACGGGAGAGCCUGACGAGCCGUGCCAAGCGUUUCCUGGCAGGGCUGGUGCCUCGCUCGUACGGCCGAGACCGGGACCGCGGCCGCUAUAGAGAAAUGAGCCGCCACCGGGGCAGCAAAAUCUUUCGGCAGAAAUCCCGUUCCUGUCAUGACCUCAGUGCACUGUGACAUAUGGAAACAAAUGGGAAAGAAACACACUCAACAAUAACACAAAAUAAUAAACGGAAUGGUUUGGGGGGAGAGUUGAAGAUUGAAGAAACAUGAGACUCAACGAGGAAGAAAUCUGAGGUGUAGGAGGUAUGAUUAGAGGGUGGAACAUGAGAAUGUCAUAAAAAAAAAAAACAGGUGACUGAUUACAGCAGACAGUCUGGAUUGCAGUAAAGCCAUCAGUGGAGGCAAUUUUUGGGACACUGGAUAAGGGGGUGGACUGCCUUUCAGCUCAAGCUUUGGUGAAUCAGCAAGCACUCAUUACCUGAAGAGAUUGGGAGAAAGAAAAUCAGCAGUGGAAUCAAGGUGCUGAUUUAAAGCUUAAUGAGAUUGACGGAUGGAUGAAUAGCAUCAAAAAUAAACACACAUCCAGGUAGCACGUACUAUUGUAGAGACUUAGAGGAUUUUACUAUGUAUAAAUGUUUUAAACCAUGUUUUAUAGCAUGCAAAUUAGCAGAAACUCUUAUAGAUUUUACAGCGACCCAAUGACUUUAAAGUACCUCAAUAGCAAAUGCACAAUCCCAGUAGAGUUUCAAACAAUGCCAACCCAGAGACAUGAUUAUUAGUAUGUGUCCAUACUGCAACACCAUUUUUGUCCAUACUGCAUUCAAAGAUUGUUUGUUACUAACAAAAGCAGCGGCAAUCAGUGUGUUCGUCUCAGACUUUUAUACUAUCAUCAUCAGCACCCAAGCCAUAUUGUUGCUGAAUGCACCAUGGGCAGUCAGCACAGGAAACCCUUUACCGCAGAAUGUGAGGCGAACGACGAUAGAAACUGCAACGGCUAAUAAGGCAGGACUGUACUCUUCAGAUGACGCUGAGUCACAGACAACAGGGAGGUUCUAGGAGCGCGGGAGGACAAACAAGAAAAAAACGAAUCUACCUGUGGCUCUUUGAUGUUCUCUACUUUAUUGCAUUUUUUCAAUUUACCCAUUGAAAAUGGAAACUUGGAUAUUUCCUCAAGCGUCACUAUACGUAGACUUCAUGCACAUCCUCGCUCAUUUGUCAGUGUCCACUGAGCACUCUCAUCCUCUCCGCUGGGAAUAAAUAUGGUUUGAUUUGA